AUGAAUGACUUCCAAAGCUCAGAGGGCAUCUUCCAGGAGCCUCGUCACAUCGACGACAACUCGAGCGAAGAUGAUGCUGCUGGGGUAAUAACGGGUAUCACUGGCGGGGAUGGUCAAGGCAUCGUCACCCACGCACCCAAGGAAGGAUUUCGCCUUGGAUACCUUGAUGUAUGCUGUCUGGUCAUCAACCGCAUGAUAGGCACGGGAAUAUUCAUGUCUCCGAAAAGAGUCAUGAAAGGUACUGGAAGUGUCGGCGCGACGUUAUUGUUCUGGCUAGCUGGUGUGGUCUACUGCCUUUGCGGUACCCACGUCUACAUCGAGUAUGGCCUCAACGUCCCUCGUUAUAGAGUUCAAGGAGUUGAGCAGUCCAUCCCUCGAAGCGGCGGAGACAUGGUGUACCUGCAGUAUGUCUUCUCGAAGCCCGCCUAUCGCAAAAACACCAUCCUACUGUCGACUUGCAUCUUUGGCAUCACGUUCAUCGUACUCGGAAACAUGGCCGGCAACAGUCUUCACUUCGCCUUUCGAGUCCUUGAGGCCGCUGGUCACUCAGAUCCUGAGAACGGCCCCGUCAGGGGCAUCGCUCUCGCCGUUGCCGUCUUCGCCUGCUUCAUCCAUGCCACAAGCAGAAGAUUCGGAAUCAUGCUGAACAACUUCCUGGCGGUAAUCAAGAUCAUGAUCAUGCUACUGAUCAUCGUCGCGGCCAUCGUGGUUGGUGCGGGCGGGCUUCCCAAAACACAAAACGUCAUCGAGCAAAAUACGUCGCCAAAGACUUCGUUCGCGGGCGCAACUAAAGACGCGAACGGAUACGCUCAGGCAUUCCUUGCCAUCAUUUUCACAUUUUCGGGAUUCGAGCAGCCAAACUAUGUCCUAGGAGAAAUCAGCCGUCCUCGAAAGAAGUUUCCUAUCGGGAUGGCGAGUGGUGUAGGACUCGUUGCUGUUUUAUACCUGGCUGUCAACAUCUGCUAUAUGGUCGUUGUGCCUGCCGAUGUUCAGAAGAAUGAGGCCAAUGUUGCCCAAGAGUUCUUCAGGCUCACCUUCGGCCAAUUGAACCCAGACAGCGAUAUUGGGUCGCGGAUCUUCAAUGCUUUCCUGGCGAUCUCUUCCAUGGGCAAUAUCAUCGUCAUGACCUAUACGGCAGCUAGAGUGAAGCAAGAGAUUGCGAAAGAGGGAAUCCUUCCUUUCCCGAAGUUCUUCGCGCAAAACAAGGACAUGAGCCUUGGGAGACUCUUGUUUUGGUUUCAAAGGAAAGGAUGGUUCAAAUCACUCCUUAAACUCCGUUGGAUGUCGCCGGAGCAUCAUUCUGAAAAGACACCAGUUGGUGCUUUGGUUCUUCACCUCGUCAGCUGCGUCAUCCUCAUAUUUGCCACCUACGGCAGGCCACCUGUAGUGGCAUACACAGCACUCACGUCUCUAAGUGCUUAUGUUGUCAACGCAUUCAUCGGAACAUUCCUGGGUCUCGGCAUUCUCAUCCUACGCUUCCGCGGCCCUCCUACGACAGCUACUGACGAUGAUGCCACCGACGAUGACCCAUCUAAGUCCCCGACAACUUGGGCUGAGAUGACUGGCAAGAAGUUCCGUCCCUUUUUAUCAGUCUUCUGUGCCAUUGUAUACAUGUGUGGAGGUCUCUAUCCCGUGAUCACCAACUGGGUACCGCCGUCACAGUACUCCGACCUGACCGUGACGCCAUGGUGGCUUGUGCCCACCGUUGGGUGGAUAAUCAUCAGUCUUGGCGUUGCCUGGUUCAUCGGCUUCAUCUUGGUGGCCCGUUACAUUGAGAAGAAAGAUCACCGUGUCUUUGUGGUAGAGAAGAAGCCGGAGUUCGAGGCAGCUGAUGGCAGCAGCCGGAGCUCCGAAGCUGGCCAUACAGGGGCCGAUCUAAUACAAGUCCACGAAACGGUUUACCUCAGCUGGGUUGGAAAAGAGGCUCUUCGACAAAGGCGGCCGGUCUUUGACGACUCGAAAGAAGCUGAAGGUCAUGUCAAUGAGGUGCCGGCGUCUCCAUACGUCAACACGGACUUUGCCGCAUACAUGUCAAGUCAGGGUACUGAAACAGGAAGGACAUAUUCGAGAUACUAA